GAUAUUAUGUUGUUAUGGUAACACACUUAGGCCUGUUAGUAAGCCAAACUUGAAGAGGGCAACACGAAAGAAAAGUUGGUGCACGAUAAAUCAAGAACAACACAUCACUUAAUUCAAAUAGUCUCAAAAAGAAAAACUGUGAACUAUGGGUGCAACAUUGUCUAGCAGAGCUGAACUUACUUCAGCAAAUCCCAAAGAUGGUGGGAAAAUUGAAUUUUCACCUCACAAUGAAGCUCUGCUGAAUAAUAUCCUGCAUUACGUGGAAACUCUUACAACUGAGCAUCAAAAGGAAGCACAGGUUGUUUUUAAACAACCAUUUCAAUGGUCAACAGGCAUCAGACCCGUUGAUAUAGAAAACCACAUUUCUGCUAAAUCAUAUGAAACAAGUAAUGAAUUGAUAAAAUCUGAAGCAAAUAACAAUGGCGAGCCUCACCUAUCUAUAAAAAAGACACAAAAUGAGUGGAUCACCAAAGUAUAUACUUUUGAGCAAAUGGGAAAUCUUUUGAAUUUUGCUGGGGAGAAGAAGCUGGAGGAAAUACGUGCUUGCCUUGAAGCAAAUCGUGACCCUAUGGCGCUGAUAAUGGGGCCUGCGUUUGCGAAGGUCGAUAACAAUGACGAUGCCCUUUUGAAGGCCCAUGAAAUGGUUUCAAAAGCCCGAGCAGAUGGGUCUGAAGACACUGCUGAAAUAGAAGACCGUUUCCGGCUGCUCCUACUUAUAAAUCAGUUUGAUAUAAAAUUGCUUCAUUCGUCACUUAAAGAUAUCGCCAAAGACGUUAGAGUGAACCCUGCUUCUGUCGAGAGUGACUUCAACCUCAUCAAAGGUUUUUCUGGGUCAGAGACUGACCAUGCUGUGGAGCACAUCGACUGGAUGUUAUCAUACGUAUUUACCAAUGGUUGUCGUGCUCCUCCCUGGCGUCAAGUUCAUGGUGAUAUUGCAUAUAUCGAAGUGAAGACCAAAGAACAGGAGGUCUUCCCUUUAACAGCAUCCACCUCUGGCUACUACGUCAAUAAGGGAAUGAAGAAGGACGGCGAAAUAGAUUAUGCGAGGGAAAGCGACGUUUUUCCAAAUCUAAUUCAACUUCUAAAGGCAAAGAGCUCUCAUUUCGCUGACGUCAUCAACAGCAAGGAAUUUCGUCAUUACGCCGAAGAAAAGCCGGAAGAACAGUCUGGGGCUGUCACGGUUUCUGAAAAGCAGCAGGCAAUCGACAAAGAAGACACAGGCAGGGCAAAAAGCCCUGGUGAAGCUGUAAAUGCUCAGGGCAGGAAAGACAAAAGAAGGAAUGCAAAGGCGCAACAGAGCAAGAAGGAUUCAAAACAGAAAAGUUUUAAAGAACCUUCUCAAAAGUGGAAGCAAUUAAAUCUGGUUGUUGAAGCUGAUGAUUCUAAACCCAACAGAGGGGAGUCACGUGAUAAGGCAGAUAGGGACAGUGGCAGACAAUCGCAGGCAAAAGUAAAACAAUAUGGCAGAGCAACGCAUGAAAGCAUAAUGAAAGAUUUCAGUGAGAGCUCCUCUGAAAGUGAAGAAGAAGAAGAAUCGCAAGACAGAAGACAGGAGUCAAACGCUGACUUGCCCUCUGAAUAUUGGCAAAUACAGAAGCUGGUCAAAUAUUUGAAGGGUGGAAAUCAAACAGCAACGAUUAUUGCCUUGUGUGCAAUGCGGGACUUUAAUCUGGCGCAGGAGACUUGUCAGUUGGCCAUUCGGGAUGUUGGUGGCCUUGAAGUGCUUAUUAAUCUUCUGGAGACGAAUGAAAUCAAGUGUAAGAUUGGUGCUUUAAAAAUUUUAAAAGAAAUUUCAAAGAAUACCCAGAUCCGAAAGGCCAUUGCGGACCUCGGUGGAUUGCAAACUAUGGUGAAGAUUCUUCAAUCCAACAACAAGGAGUUAAAGUGCCUUGCUGCCGAAACGAUUGCAAAUGUCGCAAAAUUCAGACGAGCACGAAGAACUGUCCGUAAAUAUGGUGGAAUCCACAAAUUGGUGGCAUUACUUGACUGUGGUACCGUGUCAGCUGCCACUGAAAUUGACAUUAGCGUUGCACGUGCUGGGGCAAUGGCAUUGUGGAGCUGCAGCAAGAGUACAAAAAACAAGAAUGCCAUCAGAAAGGCAGGAGGCAUACCUUUGCUUGCUAAGCUUCUGAAAUCCAGCAAUGAAAGCAUGCUCAUCCCUGUUGUUGGUACUUUGCAGGAAUGUGCAACUGAGGAAAGCUACCGACUUGCCAUUCGGACAGAGGGCAUGAUUGAAGAUCUUGUGCUUAAUUUAAACAGCAACGAUCAGGAGCUGCAAAGACACUGUGCUAGUGCAAUAUUCAAGUGUGCCGAAGACGCUGAAACUCGAGAUCUUGUUCGCGAAUAUGGUGGCUUGGAUCCGUUAGUUUCCCUGCUGGCUAAUUCCGAGAACAAGGACUUGUUAGCUGCAGCUACGGGGGCGAUUUGGAAAUGUGCAAUCAGCGAAGAGAACGUGUUGCGUUUCCAAGAACUGAAAGCGAUUGAACAGUUGGUGACAUUGCUUAACGAUCAGCCUGAAGAGGUGCUGAUAAAUGUAGUUGGAGCGCUUGGAGAAUGUGCGAAAAUCUCGGCUAAUAGAACGUCGAUUAGAAAAGCUGGGGGAAUAUCUCCAAUGGUGAAUCUGUUGACUGGCACAAACCAACAGCUACUGGUCAAUGUUACGAGAGCAGUAGGCGAAGGUGCCAAAGAGCCAGACAACAUGGCAAUAAUUGAUCGCCUUGAUGGUGUUCGCCUUCUAUGGUCACUUCUAAAGUCAUCAAAUCCACAGGUUCAAGCUAGUGCAGCAUGGGCCAUUUGUCCAUGUAUUGAAAAUGCGAAGGAUGCGGGCGAGAUGGUUCGCUCCUUUGUUGGGGGCCUUGAACUCAUUGUGAGUCUGCUGAAGUCAGAAGAUAAGGAGGUUCUCGCAAGUGUUUGUGCUGCAAUUGCAAACAUUGCAAAAGACGAAGAGAACCUUGCGGUCAUCACUGAUCAUGGCGUUGUGCCAAUGCUUGCUCGGCUUACCAACACCGCCGAUGAUAAAUUGAGGCACCAUCUAGCCGAGGCAAUCGCAAGAUGCUGCACUUGGGGAAACAAUCGAGUAGCCUUUGGGCAGGCUGGUGCUGUCGCCCCACUUGUACAUUACUUGAAAUCCAAAAGUGCCAAUGUGCACAGGUCAACAGCCAAGGCUUUGUUUCAGUUGUCACGUGAUCCAGACAACUGCAUUGCAAUGCACAACAACGGUGUAGUCAAGCCUUUGCUGGCGAUGGUUGGAGCAUCGGACGACGUAUUACAAGAAGCAGCAGCUGGAUGCCUUGCAAAUAUACGAAAACUGGCCUUGGCAAACGAAAAAGCAAAAUAUCGUUAAGAUUAAUUUUUUCUGGCUUAUGUAUAUACCGAAGUAUCUUGUUAGUUUGUAAAUAAGUUGACCCAAGUAUUUCUUUAACCUAUUGCAGCUAUGACUGUCGAUGGCCUCCUGUUACUACUGUCUCAUAAUCAUUCAACUGAACUUCAUUCUAUCAAUUGUUUUUUUAAACAUUUCUUGUGGUCAAAAGUUAUCUGGCCACGUGUUUGAGAACAUGUGUUGCUUGUUGCGGUCUUGUUGGUUCACGUAAUAGUGCAGUCGUUGAAAUGAUGAACCAGGAACAAAUUGGUAGAAAAGCAAAACGUACAUCAUUUUACGUAGAAUAUUUUCCUGUAUAACAUAUCCAAAAUCGCCUAAAAUCCAACUUGGGGAAAAAUGUUUCUAGAACUUUUAAAAGCAUGAGCUUUUUGACCAUAUGCACAAUAUCAUCUGCCGAGGGAUUCUGUAAGAUAUGAAAAGCUUGCAACAAUUCAAGGCGUAAAUUCUGAAUUUGGAAGCUAAACAGGUAUUCGAGUCGACAAUUGAGAAAUAGAAUUGAGUAUCAGGGCCCGCACCACCAGAAGGGGGGCCGGAGAGGCCAUGGCCCCCUACUUUUUUGGUAAGCAAAAAUAUUUCCAUACAGGUCUUGUUUUGAAGCCUUAAAUUCAAGUUCAACGUAUAGAACUUGGCCCCUCCACCUUGAAUUUCGUGUCGUGGGCCCUGAGUAUAGGUUGAACAGUAGCAAAAUAAUUAAGUCUUGUUGCUAACCCGCCUAAAUUUUUGAAAAUUCUUGAUUAUAAACGAGAGUACUAAUUUUUCAACAAUUUUAUAGAUACAUAAAUUCUGUCUUUUAAGGACCUCUGGUAUCAAGACUGUCGAAACGACGCUUUAAACAUACAAAAAAACAGAAUUAAUUUCAAAUACUUUAAUAUCUAAUUUCAGGCAUUUUGGGCCUUUACGGGAGAAAGCCUUACCUGGAAUGACGCAUCAUUGUUAUAUAGUCAUUUGCAGCAUUAUCACAAAGGAAGCAAUAUUUUUCCUACUGAACUAAGUAAAAUUUGAUUGCAGUCUUUUAGAACAAGGUGUUGCGAUAACAUCGUAACUUUUUCAAAAUACCUUUCUUAGGUUAAGAAAGUCUCGACGACACUUUUAAUGAAAUAAAACGUUACCAAAUUGAGUUUUUUAACUCUCUGUUGAAUAAUUGUUUAAAUAAAGCCUUGCGUGUCUUUCACUGUGCUUUAUGAUAUUUGAGGUACCUUUUUCAUAACGUGUAUUGCCAUUCCAUUUUUAAAAACUAGCUUGCAUAUCACAAGGUUUUAAUCCACCAAGUUGCUUAGCGAUUCUGCCAUAUUUUAUCCAGAGAGUUUCCAGAAAAUGAGCCGUUCAUUUGUACUGAUUAUUAGGAAAUAAUGAUCUGUGUUGAUAUCGAAAUCACAAAAGGAAAUUACAUCUUUGGCUGGCAUGCCCCUAAUACCCAAAAAUAGCCCCUCCCCCGAGUAAAUUGCUAAGGCAUUGAGUAACUUUAUGUACCCUAAAAUAUUGAUAAAUAUACCUUGCUUAUGGUGCGUUAACGAAUAUCGUAUUUUGGUAUUCAAAAACUGCCUGUCGGUUAUAAAAUUCCCGCACCUGUUUUUAGAGAAAUCAGAAAAACUGACUACUUCCUUUUUUAGCACUCUUAUUUAUUUUCAGGCCUUGAAUACGAGAAUUCUUCCUUACGUAAAUCUACUUUUUGAAAAAAAAACAGAUUUCUUGCUUUUCUGAACAGAUGCCCUCAGUUGUGCUACAAUUACUUGAUUAUCGAAUGUGGCCUCGUGUAUCAUAUAAACCUCAAUAAAACUUUUGCCCACGGUCGAUUUUGGGCGAUUUUGAGUAUGUUAUAGAGAAAAUAAUUCUGCACUGGAUGGUGGAAAAUUCGCUUUUCUACCAUUUUUUCCCGGUUGACCUUAAAUUGAAUGCUGCACGACCUCAUUAUAAAGCAACAUUGCAAAAAUUUAUGCCAAAAUUCAAAAAUUUUCGUGCAAAAAUUUAUGAAAUUGCCCCGUUCAGUUAUUACGCAACUAUUCACCGCAUUGCACCGCCUUCUUUGGUCCUCUGUUCCUAGCCUGCAAUCCACUUGACAUCAGACUCAUAAUUAUUGCCAAGACCCGUAAACAAGCGCCAAAGUGUAGCUCAGUACAAAGAUUCGUGUGCGGCGAGAGCCAAUUUCUUUUGUAGCUAGUUUUUGUUAAAUUGCCUAUAGGAUAUUAACGAAAUUAUUCGAAUUCUUGUAGCAAAAUGGAAGAAUUCCGACUUUGAAAAUUGUAAAAACAUGACGUGCGGGAGACAAAUAGCUUCAACAAAUAACAACUAUUUUUCGUACUGUUUAUUAUUAAUUCUACUGCCUUUCGCAUUUCAUACCAGUUGUCGGUGUUAGAUGCUGACAAAGUUGCCUGCCAGGUUCCAGCAUUUUAAGCAUGCUAUUUAUUUGCAACCCAAUUCCAGGACACCGAACUCUUUUAAUGCUGUCCCACAAUAUGGGAGAAUUUGUGAAUUAAUUAAACAAGGUGAAGGAGUAUAUAUCUCUUUCCAAUUUUCGAACCCUGGAGUUGCAAAGUUUUUUGGUGUAUUAUCCUGGUAAAAGCAAUAAAGUUUUAACUGUUUUUCUCAUAAUUUUUCUUAUAAAGGUCUUAUCAGAAGAUUGAACCUUACAAAAAAUUGGCAAUACGCAAUACGAACGUAACCCAAAAUUUUCCAGUUAAAGAAUGCGAUGUAAUAAGAGAAUGAUGGGUAAUCAAGGCUAUUGUUUGCUGCAUUUGUCUCAAUAAAAUGUCACCUCGGCGUGAAAUGGUCGUUGCAUGGCAUUGUUUGUCUAGAUGCACAAGCCUCGAUUCAAAAGCCAAAAUAUUUUGUAUCAGGAAGCUGCUAUUAAUCUUAUUUUUGUUUCUCUCGAAGUGUAUGAAUAUUACGAAUCUCAUCUCAGUAUCACACAAAAAAUUUUAUGCUCAAGACAACUAAGUGACCAAUAAAAACUAUUUGGGAUUGUAAAACGGAAAACAUGCAAGAUCACCAAUUCAUUCUUUACAAAAUAACAAGUUCAUCUCGAUUUCUUUCAGGGGUUUGUGCCCAAAAAGGCCUCAUGUAUUUGUCCACGUUAGAGAAACAUCCCUCCAUGUGUUCAGUUACCGAGUUACCUAGAGCGAGGGGCAAGUCACUCCAAGAAAAUCUCGUACACCUUUUGUGAAAAUCCUAUUGUUUUAUCUGAAAAUCCCUGGAAAUCCUUUUGUUUCAGGGAAAAUCUCGUACGCUUCUUUCAAGAGUGAAUUGCCCCUCGACCUAGAGUGCCCAAACCAACGAGCAAGGUAUGGGAAUCUAAAGAUAUUUUCUGACGGUAAACAAAAGACCAUUAAAAACAAUUGAAGAAUUCAUUUAAAUUUGACGAGAGGGUACUAUGUCCGAAGAAGAACGAUAUUUUGCUGCCAAUCUUUUUUUUUAACUUAUUAUUCAUAUCAUGCAAGCUAAACACUAAUAAAUAUUAAUUUGUAUAAUAACUAAUCUAUUACCAUUAAAAUGAAGCCAUAAUCAUAAUUAUUUAUGCAUUUAAUUUAUAUAUUAAAAGUUCUAUUUACUAUAAAUUCUGUUUUUCGAAUGGAA